AUGGCUGGGAAUUCCAAUUGCACCGUCUACGUAGGGAACGUAGAUGAGAGAGUGAGCGAUAGGGUUUUGUAUGAUAUAUUGAUUCAAGCUGGAAAAGUUGUCGAUCUACACAUUCCCCGUGAUAAAGAAACCGAUAAACCCAAAGGCUUUGCGUUUGCUGAGUAUGAGUCUGAAGAAAUCGCCGAUUACGCCGUCAAACUCUUCUCCGGUCUUGUCUCUCUCUACAAUAGAACUCUCAAAUUCGCUAUAUCUGGACAAGAUAAAUUACAAGCAAACAACUCGAAUUCGGGUCACAGAACGAGACCUCAGUCUCUGUCUUUCGAGCAUUCGGAUAGGGGUCAUCACUAUUCGGAGAGGUUCUCGUCGCAAUUGAUUUCACCACCUUCCCCUGUUCCUCUGGAUUAUGCACAAGAGCCACCUCCUCCAGGAGUAUCAAUGCACUCGAAUGGAGCUAGUUUGGAGUACAGUAGAAGGGUUCUGGGAUCGGCACUAGAUAGCAUCAACCAUUCAAGACCACGCCGCUACUGA